CAGAACAUGACGAUGGAUGGAUUUCUGUUUUCUGUGUUGUGAUUGUGGGGUUGUGUGUUUUUUUAAUAGAAUUGUGUAUUGUUGAUCUACAUAAAUUUAAGUUACUGAUUUGUUUUUUUAUCAAGUGUAAAAGACUUGGGCAUGCUUCAUUAUUAGCUGAUUACUAUUAAUUUUAUUAUUACAGAUGAUAGAAUGGAAGAUCUCAAAUACAAGUUUUUGGGACUUAUAAAUAAACAGGGUCAUGGAGCUAAGAUACCUGUUGUGGGAACAACAAUAGAUUUUGAAGCUAGUGCUGAAGAAUGUUGUCUUGAAGAUGACAAGAAGAUUGAAGACACAAAGACUGAGCAAACCCUGGCAGACCAGGAGGUUCUGGACAGUGUGCUUCCCGAGUACUUCCAAUGUGAUGGAUUUGAUUCUGCUAUGUUUGAAUUGAAAAAGCUACCUCCAGUAUUGAACAAACAGUGCAUUGACGAUGUAUGCUCGCAAUUGGAAAGACAGCACCGAGUUGUUUCAAAACAGGUCCUCAAAUUGAUUCUUGAUAAAACUGUGGUCUGUGAAGAAGAAUUUGCCAGGGUUUUAGAAACGAAAAAAUUGGUGGGUGAGACGGUUGACGCUGUGAAAAGGGCCAGGACUGAUUUGAGCAUGGCUCACCAACACUUCACCACUGCGAGUCUGGGAAUUCUUGCUAAUUAUAGGAAACGCACGCUAGUUCUAGAUCUUCUUCGAUCUCUGAAUACUAUAAAAACACUUGAAAGGACUGAGGCCAGACUGCAAGAACUUUUAUCGAAUGGAGAUUUUCCUGGUGCCAUAUCACUGCUGCUAGAAUGCCAGGGUGUAGCCGCCACUUAUAGGCACUUUGCUUGUGUUGCCGCAUUGAGUGGAAAGUUGCAAGAUACUCUGGAUAUGGCUGAAGAGCAGUUGGACGUUGCUCUAUCAAAGAUGUGCUACAAGUUCGAAGCGGAGAUCUACAAUAAACUGCAGGCCGCCUACUCCUUACUUGGCAAGACUCGAACCGCAAUGGAUCAACUUCUCAUGCAUUUCACGUCGGCAAUUCAUAACUCAGCUUUCAGCGUUGUUCAUUCGUAUGUGGAACAGAAUAAUUCAUCCAAGAAACAGUACAAUGAACUGUGCAAGUGUGUCCAGGAGACAGACUUCAUUCCAUGUUUGGUUUCACUAUGCCAGGCUCUGUGGAAAAUUGUUUCAAGCUACCAUGAGGUGGCAUGUUGGCAUCAAAAUCACUUUUCCAGCUCCACUCCGUCAGAUGAUAAUUUUGAAUCAAGUUUGAACGAGCAAUAUGUCAGACAGAAAUUGAAAAACGGUCUUGAUAGAUUAUGGCAUGAUGUUCAAACUAGGGUAUCAUCACUCGUAUUGGCUGUCAAUCUUAUUCAUUAUAAAGUUGAUGAAUUUCUUCAGGUUCUGGCUAUUCUACACAGAUUAGAACAGAUUGGGAAAGAGUUUUCUCAAAGCGAGUCUGAAGAGCUGCAGAAUUCCAUAAGAAAACAGAGCAUACUUUACUUCCGACGCUACCAUGCUGGACGACUCGACGAACUGCGGAUAUUUCUCGAAAAUGAAGUCUGGACUCCCUGUCCUGUGAGGCCUGAUUUCUCCUUGAUUCAUUUACAAGAAUUCAAAGGCUUGAGAUGCACAGUGCAGGCGUGUUCGGGCGUUGGCUCCUCAAGUAGCCAUGGUUCGCAGGAUGGGAGUGUGGUGGGGGGUGGUGCGGAGGGGGAGGGGGAAGGCUACUUCUCCAGGUUCACCUGCUGCACUAGCAGCACUCCCUUCGACACCAUCCUCGAUCCCAACCCACUCGGCGACUCGUCCUUCCCUGAUUCUAUUAAUGAGCCUUCAGGAUACUUCAGCGAAGAGAGUGAGGAGGAGGGACCUGAAUUGCAUGCAGAAAUUGCACGUAGUGACAGAUCGUCUCAUAAUAGGUAUGGCAAGAAGAGCAUGUUGGGAGGAGAAACGUGCCCUCUGCUGACCAAUACGACGCUGACUGUGCUCCGCCACUGCGGAAAGUACUUACAGAUGAGCCGAUUACUUAGAUUCAUUGCCGCCGAUGUAUUCGUCUGCCUUAUUCAGUUGUUCGAGUAUUAUUUGUACUCUGUCCAUUAUUUCUUCGCUUCAGACUUACCGAAAUAUCAGAUCGAAAUUCCAUCUUCAUUGAAACUGCAGGCGGUUUUAAAAAGAAUUGGCGACAGUCUGAUUCAGAACCCAUCUGAGCCUCAUGAUGAAUCAGGACAAACUGUUCCGGCUGCAAACAUAUCACCUGAUGUUGAUUUAACGAAUUCCGAGCAAUUAUUUGGCCUCCAAGAGAGGGUAGUCGCUGUCGAGUCGUUGGUAUUCCUUGCUGAGCAAUUCAAGUACCUCAGGCCUUACUUGGAACAAUUGCUGAGUGCUUCAAAACAUAUCCUAACAACAUUCUAUUCCGAGACUGUGGAAGUGGCUCCAGAAGUGCGUCAUCCCGUGUACAGUUGUGUCUCGCACCGAUCGGUCGACACCCAACAAGCGCUGGCUCUGAUGGCUCGGGUCAACUGGGAAGUGAGUGACGUCAUGAGUCAGCACAGUCCUUAUGUCGACACUCUUUUUCGAGAGUUGCAGAUAUUUAGUAUGAGGUUGAAUGAGAUAGAAGAGCACGUUCAUUUGAAUCAAGAGGUCCUAGACACGUUGUGGGAGAAUGUUGUGCGUCUCCUUUCUUUUAUUCUUGUUGAAGGUUUUUCGAUCAGCAAUAAAUGUUCCAAUGGCGGACGAGCAUUGAUGCAAUUAGACUUCACACAGUUGUUCUCACAAGUUGAAAAACUAUGUACUUUACGGCCGCUGCCCCACAGAGAUUUUGUGGAUAUCUACGUGAAAGCGUACUACUUGACCGAUCCUGUUUUAGAAGAAUUCAUCAAAAAGCAUAAGGAAUAUUCAGUGAAACAGUUGCAAGCGUUGAUUAGCUGUGUUUGCCAGGGGAACAAGAAAUCCAAACAGAGGCUGAAAACAUUGCUGGAUGAAUGGGACAAACUGGGAAUGAGAUGACGUCACAGUGCAAUCGAUUAGGAUAUUUUGCUUCCGACUGUUAUUCACGCGCGAAAUUGAUAUUAUUCCAUGCAUUAUAGUAUCACAAGCAUGGCUAAAUAAUGAUUCUGUGAUAGACACAUUUCCUAUUUUUAGAUGUACACAUAUAAUAUUAAAGUAUUAGAUAUUUUAUUCUAUUUAUUUUUCAUUCUUAUUGUUAUAAAUAACUUUUCAAUCUAUUUUAUUGGUGUAAUAUUUAUCAAUUUUUAGCUUUAAUGUUAUUUAUACUUCUGUUAAUAUUACGUAUGAAAACUUAUUGAUAUUCAGUCCACCUUUCUGUUGAUUCUAAACUAGAAUAUUUCUUUCCAAUUGCUACUGGUUAGCCUAAAUAGAUGGUCGAUUUAGCAGCAAUCGCAAUAAAUAUUUUUUUUAAACUAACUUUGUAUUCAAUCAUGAUAAGUCACAGUUCCCACACAAGGUGUGAACUGUUGAAAAAUUUAAUUUUCCAUUUGUUUUUAUUGUCGGAAUUGCAUAGUAGAUUUUUUAUUGUCUUGUGUUUUCCAUGCAUUCAUUUGAAAUAGUUAAACGUUAAUAAUAUAAAUAUUAGUAGCAGUCAAAUAUUGGAAUAUGAUCGAAAUUCUAAAGAUAUUAAUUUUAUUUACUAGUUAUCAAGUUUAGAAGCUUAUUGAGAAAUUAAAAUUUGAUCAACUCACAAUGACAAUAAAUAUUUUAGAGGAUUCUACAUUCAGAAAUUCCAAACAAUCAUUCUGGGAGACUGCUAAAGAUUAGGGUACAUUUUUGAUCAAUAGUAAAACUGUGAACGUGGUUUGAUAUUGGAAAGAUAAAAAUAUUUUUUGUCAUUCAACAAUUUUAUUUUAUUCAUAUUAUUAUUUUAGCAAUUUAAACACAUUACAUUAGGUAGAUAUUUUACCAUGGUGAAAAAUUAUCCUGAAAACAGAACAUUAAAAUCACAAUACUUCACAGGUAUUUAAUAUUUUAACGAACACAUUAAUGAACUCUUCCCAAUUUCGAAAUCAGUCAACAUUUCACCUAUCAAAAUAAUGAAUCUUUAAAUUCAAGUAAUUCCCUUGUAUUUUAAUCAAAGAUGUUCGAACAAUAUUAUAUUUUCGUUUGCUAACGUAUAUAAUUGCUAUAAAAUUGAAACUGAGAAAAAUAUUUCUGGCCCCGAAAUAUUGUAUACCAUAAAAGCUCAUUAAGUUACUGGUUUUUUAAUAUCUCAUCAUCUGCGAAAAUCAGAAUAUUUACAAUCAACGUUUUAUAAUACAGAAAUUUAAUAUAGAAGUUAUAGAAAUUUGCAAAAACAAUGGAUUCGUUUCAGGAAGUUUUUUCAAAAGUACAGUACAAUGUUGAGUUUAUUGCCAAUUAUUACUGCUAGUCGUUAUUUCCAAAAUAAGUAUAUCAUAGAGAACACAUAGGUACGGUACUUUCUCUUUCAUUAUUCUAUGGUGAUACACAUUAUUUCUGUGAGAUAAAAAUAAAUUUCAAAUUGUAAAACCAUAUAAGUAAGAAUAUCACUGAAUUCCUUUCAUUGUAGUUUGACUUCAAUUUAGUUUGUCAAAUAUGAAUUUGUACAAUGAUCAAGCAAAUUAUGGCUCAUGAAAAAUGAAAUAGAUUGGUGUAGAAGUCAAAUUAUUUAGUAAUUUAUGCAUGAUUCCAGCUUUUUUCUAUAAUAAAUCACACUCUAUAUUCAUUGGAAGGGUUUCGCAACAUUACAAAGGGCAUGAACUGACUAGCUAGGCAAAUGAACAGCCAUAAUAUUGAAGACAUCUUCCUACUUAUGCAUUGUAUUAAUGGCAAAUACGUGGAGAAGCAUCCAAUGAUUCAUUAAUAUAAUAUUAUUAUAGUUAGGUAGUGUUAUUAAAUUCGAAUUCUCCGACACUGACUACCGUACAUACACAUCGACAUUAGCUAUUUAACUACAGGGCUCAUUACUUUUUACAUUUGCAUGCCAUCAAUAUUUCAAUAUAACUGUAAUUAACAAUAUCACAAGGUUACCACAGAGUGAAGCAAAAACCUAAACUACUGCUCUUAUUAAAAUUGUAUUAUUUCAAUUUAUGUUACAUUAGUGGUUUAUUGUGAACCUGGAAUAUCUGUAUGUUUGAAUCAUAAAAGCCAUGAAAUUUUCACGAGAUUUGUGAUUUCCAUCACUUUUCGUAACCAACUUGAAAGUAGCACAAUCACAGAGUUUUGCGUGAGGGAUACAUCUAUGUUAUCAGUUUAUCAAUUUUGGAAUUAUGUUCAACGUUCUUAGAUUGCUUUGGAGUUGCUAUUCACGUAUAUCUGUUUCUCAUUGAAUACAAAAUAUAAUACAUUCCAUGAAGAAACAUCUUUCUCAUUUAAGAAAAGCCAAUAACUAAAUUGAUAAGGAUCGUUCUGUUUUAAAUUUAAUUAUUCCAAAGAAACCUCUAAAGCCUCCAGGUAGGCUACAUUAAUUAGAUUUUGUAUAAUUUGUUCCGUGUUACUCUUGAUAUCAUUUGAUAAUAAAAGUCGGAAAUUUAUUAUAACGACACCUUUCCAAUAAGGUAAAUGUAGAAAAAUCUUUCCAGCUUGUUAAGAUUCAUCUACAAUAUAAAUAUACAUUAUACAAUAUUCUUCGCUAACAUUAUUUUUUAUGAAUUCAACAAGUUUCAAAUAUUUAUAUUAUCUGGUGUUUUAUAGUACCCUGCCUUUUUAAUUGGCUAUAUAUUAACAGUUUAUUUAAAAGUUGGUAAAUAUAUAUGUAUAAAUAUUAUUUUCUAAAACAUAAUUAAGGGAAGCAGUAGCCCACUGUAGCACUGAAUCAUAGCAAGUUAUACGAUUUGUAUUAAUACUUCAUUUUCCCUACCGUAUAGUACUUAGUUUGUAGGAGGUUCAAUACAUUUAUUUUAAAAAUAUAGGUACUCAUUUUUCAUUUAUAAUAUUCAUCUCUCAUGCUUACUUGGUAAAUUAAUUAAGGGAUUCAUAUUUUAUAUUAUAUUCCAAACCUCGUAUUUUCGUAAUAAUAAUGAAAUUAAAAUAGUAUUGAUUUUUGUAAUUUAUAUAACUGAUAUCAUUAACUGAGACAAUAUACCUGAAAACUUUAUACUCCGAAUAUUAGAGGAUCACUAGUAUACAGUAUAGAAGCUAUUAUCAAAACUUAUUUUCUAAUAUAUCGUAAAAUUUGAUGAGUGACUAGAUGAUAUACAGUCUCUCAGCCAUUGAAAUUCAUAAGUGCAUCAGCCAGCAACUCGUAUCAAUUUUUGUUGACUAGGAUUUCAUGUUAGAAGUAUUUUUAGUUUGUCAUUGGUUCAAUUUGUAUGUCUUUGUCUUGGCUCUGCGGGCCACAGAUAAAAAUUAGGCAGUUCUAUUGUUUCUCCGGGACGGAAGAAAUAGGAAUUAGAGCUGAGGAAGCUCUGGAUGAAAUUAAGAAGAUGCAUUUUAUUAGCUCUGUAAACUACAAGAAAGUUUUAAAUAUAAGACUAAAAUUUGCAUCUAA